AUGCAAUUCAGUUACACUUGGAACGAGAUAAAUGAAAAAAUUAUUUCAAAUCAGGCGAAGAAUGAGCACUUUAAUGGCUUGAGUGUUUUAUUAUACCACUGUCAAUUUAAGACGUUAUUGAAUAUAAACGCUGAUGGAGAGGUUCGAGAGAUUCUCAAAAUAAGAGAAGUGAAGAAGCACAAAUUGAUGGUUAAUUUUUGUCUACCGCACUUGAAUCAGAAGCUGUUGAGGCAUUACUUCGUCACUCAUUCCACGCCACACCACUUUCAAGCACACGAGGAAGAAAGCAAGCAAGAUAUGAAAAAAUUUAUGUUAACGUUCAAAUUUGAUGUGUUUCACACGUGA